CGCGCGGUGCCCGAGCCCGCCUCCCCCACCACGUGACCCCGCCUCCGCCCUCCCCCUCCUCUUCCUCUCGGCUCCAUAUUGGUACUGAAGGAGGCGAGUCUGGUCACAAAAUGGAGGUUUCCUAGAUCUAAAAGAAAGGCUGAGUUAGAGUACCCUUCCAAAAUGGCUGCUCUUAAGGAAGAGAGAGAUGUGGAAGACUACAAGAGGAAAGGAAGACGAUCCUCACAGCAGAAAUACCGUAGACUGAAUAAGGGUCAUGAGCCAAAAGAGCCAGAGCAGUUGAGAAAGCUGUUCAUUGGAGGUCUGAGCUUUGAAACAACAGAUGAUAGCUUGAGAGAACACUUUGAAAAAUGGGGCACGCUCACGGACUGUGUGGUGAUGAGAGACCCUCAAACAAAACGUUCCAGAGGCUUCGGCUUUGUGACUUACUCUUGUGUGGAGGAGGUGGAUGCUGCCAUGAGUGCUCGACCACAUAAGGUUGAUGGACGCGUGGUUGAACCAAAGAGAGCCGUUUCGAGGGAGGAUUCUGUAAAGCCUGGGGCACAUCUCACAGUAAAGAAAAUAUUUGUUGGUGGAAUUAAAGAAGAUACAGAAGAAUAUAAUUUAAGGGAGUACUUCGAAAAAUAUGGCAAGAUUGAAACCAUAGAAGUCAUGGAAGACAGACAAAGCGGAAAGAAGAGAGGCUUUGCUUUUGUAACUUUUGAUGAUCAUGAUACAGUUGAUAAAAUUGUUGUUCAGAAAUAUCAUACUAUAAACGGACAUAACUGCGAAGUGAAAAAAGCUCUCUCAAAACAAGAGAUGCAGACUGCUAGCUCUCAGAGAGUAAAAUAUUUUGUAGGUCGUGGGGGUGGCUCAGGCAACUUCAUGGGUCGUGGAAACUUUGGAGGCGGUGGAGGGAACUUUGGCAGAGGAGGAAACUUUGGUGGAAGAGGAGGCUAUGGGGGUGGUGGUGGCGGUGGUGGGAGCAGAGGAAGCUUUGGGGGUGGUGACGGAUACAAUGGAUUUGGUGAUGGUGGCAACUAUGGAGGUGGUCCUGGCUAUGGCAGCAGAGGAGGUUAUGGUGGUGGCGGAGGACCAGGAUAUGGAAACCCAGGUGGUGGAUAUGGAGGUGGUGGAGGAGGAUAUGAUGGCUACAAUGAAGGAGGAAAUUUUGGUGGUGGUAAUUAUGGUGGAAGUGGAAACUACAAUGAUUUUGGCAAUUACAGUGGACAACAGCAGUCUAACUAUGGUCCCAUGAAAGGUGGUGGCAGCUUUGGUGGCAGAAGUUCAGGCAGUCCCUAUGGUGGUGGUUAUGGAUCUGGAAGUGGAAGUGGGGGCUAUGGUGGUAGAAGAUUCUAAAAAUGCUACCAGGAAAAGGGCAAUUUUCUGGACACAUUCUUCUGACUGGGAGCCAAGGGUAGCACAGGUGUAAUCACUGACAGUCCCAGGUAACGCGUUCCAAAAGCCCGGUCACGAUGGGCUCUAAGUAGUAUAGUUCUCAAGCUUUUGCCCUUGCGAAUGUCUGUGCUCAGCUGAGAGCUCGAAGAUAAAAACAAAACACAAUCUAGUUGUACCUUACUGACUAGAAACAUGUCCCGCAAUGUAGAACGGUACAGUCUUGGGUUUCCACAGGUAGAACGAUAGUGUGUUACCAUUUGAUCUGAUGCACUGGAGUAGCAAAUCUUAUCAGCACAUAUGGCUAGAAAUUGUACCUCAUUCUCACUUCUGACCUCCAAAUUAAGGCACUACAGUCUGUCCUCCUCUCAUCUGACGUGAAUUCUCUCAACUGUUGCCAGGACAGUGCUUUCUGUCAAUUCAGACUCAGAAGAGUAGGGACCCAGUCAAUAGAAGAAAUGCUCAGACACUUGACAAUAUGGUAUUGGAAUUAUUCACACCUGAUUCACUGCUGGGUCAAUGUGCAGUAUAAGGUAAAUGCGAUUCCAGUGUAGGAAUGAAUCUGCAAAGAUGUAUGAAAUGGCUCAAGGCAUAAUCAGUCAUAUUAAUAAUGAAUUAUAAUUUUAAGAAGUAGUAGAAAAAUGAGUGUGUUGUUUGAAAAAAAAAUUAAACAAUGUUAUUUAAACACUGUUAUUGGAGUGUAUUUAGACUGCAGUACACUAAAACAAGGAACCAAUGUCAAGAUGGUAGCCUCCAAACUGGAUUUCAAAGUCUGCUUAUUCUUUUCUGUGGAGUUUAAAAAUAUCUCUAAAGUUAAAGCAAGAAUUGGUGAUUUAGUGAACGCUUUUGUUGUUGUACAUAUUAAUUUGGGCUUGGGGUGGGGGCUGUAUUUCAAUAAAGGCUUUUUUUAAACAACCCAUUUGGAGUUUGAAAACACUGGAAACUAAACCACAACUCACUAGGGAGUGAGCCACCUAACUACCGACUUGCUUUGUACGUUACUGUGCUUAGAAGAUGUGUAGACUUGUACGUGGGGCCUGCAUCUGAUUGCAGGGACAACUGGAGGAUGGGGUUGGUGUCCCUUCUGACAAUUGAUCUGGUAUUUCUAAAUUUUUUUAGAAUGUAUUGACAGUGUUCUUUUUAACAGGGCCUCUUGUAGCUGUACUGUGACAACAAUGUUAACUUUGAAAAAUAGUGUCAUAAUAAACUCUAUGAACAAGAUCUGUAUGCAACCUUUUAAGAGAUGGAUGUAAGUGACCGCUUUGUAGGUGGGUGGGGUAGCUUAGCUGUUGUUUGUGAUGUGGAAAAGCGUAAGCCGUGAGGACAGUGAUUAACCAGCUUUAAAGAACCUAGGAUGUACUUCUUUGAUCCAUACUUUGCUAAGGAGACUCGUAAGACAGGACUUCAGCAGCCUAUUGAGUAUGGAGAAGUCAGCAUAAUUAAAGAAUGACAAGGCAGCAGGAGCAACAGCUUCAACUUCCAGAAAAGUGAAGGCAUAAGAUACUGUGCUGAUAGUGAGCAGCUUUCCAAAGGCUAGUUAAAUCUGCUUAUCACAGCUGAAAUAUCGAAGAAAGUCUAGCAAGAGUUCUUCACCUUUUGGAACCUCCUUGAGUGAUAGCUACUUGAGUUGACUCAAAAUCAAUAGGUCUAGCAUUUAGACCUGAAAGGAAGGGCAAUGAGCAUAGGUUGAAUGAGAAGCUGCUGCUUGACAAAAUGGGGAAUGUCUUGCACAUCUUCAGUUGAAGGUUUCUGACUGGGUAAGAUUUGUAGCAUAUAGUAAAACACUUGUUUAACCCUUACUUCCUUCUAGACUUCCCUUUGCCAGCCUUUUGAUACCAAGGAAAGUAUUAAGGAGCAAGUAUUUCAGCAUAUGUCAUCCAGUGUUGCCUGUUCUGGGUGAGGGUUGUUUGCUGGCCUAGUUGCUAUUCAAGGAUCUUCUAAUCCUGGCAGGUACAAAACUGUCCAUGAUCAAGACAAAUGAUAAAUGUGUUGAAAUGCGUGCUCUAAUUACUGUGGGGAGUGUACCGUGGGGGUUUGGAGAAAUUGUUCUUUACCUUGUAAUAGAAAGAGACACCUCACAGAAACCCGGGAAGGUGAAGAUACUGAAGCGGUUCAUCACAGUUCUCAGUAGUGGGUGAUCCACUGCUGGUGCAGUAAUUCUGUAAAGGCACUUUUCAUUGGUUAGAGCAGCAAUUUCCCUCCUAAUAAAUGAAUCUUGGCUUACAAGGUGGGUUUGUAUUUAUCUGUACAAAUCAAGAAUUACCUUUCACAUUUUCGGUGCUUUCAGGCGGGGUAGUUUAGUGAAGGCCAAUACUGUCACAUGAUACCCAGCUGAAAGCACAACAGCAUUUAUACAGAUGAAUGGCAAUAAAAGAAAUUUUCAUGGAAUCUGCUUUUAUACACAUUGGUUCUUAACUCUUGGAACAUGUGUUUCGUUUUCUGCAUCUUUGGUUACAGGUCUGGGGUAUUUUUAACUACUUUUAUAUAGUAUUCUAGUACCUAUUUAAAUCUGCAUUAUUUUUGUGAAGUCAAUUUCUAUUUUAGUGUUGGUUAUGCCUCAGUUACUCAGAAAAUAAAGUCAAAUGGAACCUGUGCAUUUCAGUUUAACCUGGGGCUUAGGCAUGUUCACAGACUGAUUGAAGUAUUUGAACUUGUUACCUACUGUCUCUAUAAACAUCCAGAAAGCAAACUCUUAACAUAGUAACGUACUUCGCAAGUAAUUUACAGUGGUAAGGUUGAGAUGUUCCUAUAAUCUGGAGCUACUUAAUGGAAAUCUCACAAUGACUAAUUUUUAAAUAUGUUGACCAACGUUUUUGCUUAGCUAAAGUUGAGCUGAAAUUUGAAACUGCUGCAGUAAGGUCGUAGUCUGUCCUUAGUGUAGUGUGCCAGGCAGCUUGUUGCCAAGGUAACAAGCUUGCUUUCUUACAUGUAGAGGUGGAAAACCUUUGCUUUUCCUCUGCUGGGCGGAGUUUCCUUGUGAACUCCCCUUAGGCGUCUGUCUGUAUGUAGCAAUGAGUAAUGGGGGAAAGUAUUUGUGUCUCACAGUUAAUUGGUUGAGGGCAAAUGCUUUUAUGCGGGGGGGAGGGAGGGGGGCAACCGUUACAUGUAAUUUUUUAACAGUAAAGUCUUGAAAAUGCUUUAGCAAAAGCAAGGUUUAACAAAAACUGGUUUUCAUCCAUUACUAGGCCUGCGUAUAGAGCAAAGCUCUACCUUUCCUUAACAUAAGAGGACUCCGCAUUGCUGCAGACUUGUUCUGUGCUGUGGAGGGGUCUUUUCGCACCAUAUAUAGAACUAGUCACUGUUGUUUCACACUUGGAUUUAUAACAAAUUAUAACAUAUAUUAGACUAAUUUGCUUAAUUAUUCAUACGCCAAUUUGUUCGGAAAUAAACCUUGUCAAAGGUCCUUAAGAAGUACUUGGUCAAGUGUAUGUCCAAGAGGCAUUUCCAAGAGUUAAGAAUAUUUUUUGUGGCUGGGUUUUUCUAUAGCGGCCACUAUUGGAAACAGCAGCUGUAAAUGGAGAUGUAAAGUUAAUGAAGCAUUGGUCCCUAAGCUGCAGAUCUACAGAAGUUUGAUAUUUAAAACCUGUGUGUUAAUCUAAAUGGUACUUACAGGUAGCAGAACUGUCCCCAAAAGGGGCCUAGGUUGAUGCAGAUGUGAUAAGUGGUUUGUGAUUACAGAAUACUGAAAUUAAUCACAGACUCUUAACUUUGAUAUCCUUUACACUUUUAAGGUGGGAAGGGGAAUGCUCCUAGGCUUUCAAGCGUUGAUUGUGUGAUGUACUGACUUGCUGUCUUUGGUUCCUGUGUUUGACAUGAACGUGUUUUCAUAUACUGUCUACUGCGGUGGAAUGUUCACGUACAUAUUGGUCUGUGGUCUCUGACAGUUUUUUGUUUCUUAAAUUGUGUGGAGCAUGAAAGAUCUUGAGUAUCACUAAAAUUCAGAUAUCUGAUGGAUGAUUCUCUCUCUGCUGUGGGUGCUACAGGUUGACAUCUCUAUAUAAGAUUAGCUUUUUCCUGAACUAAAGUAAUCCCAAGUAUCUCCGUAGAAGAAAAAUGGCCUUCAUGUAGAAGAUAAUAUCGCAAGAUUGGAAACAGAAUAAUGUAAUAACUGGCAAAGACUUCAAGAGCAAUGGUGCUAGUGUGCUGAAAUCUUAGAACUUGUGGUUAAA